AUGGCACCUUCACACCAAUUUCUGACUGACCUUUCGGAAGAUAUGGCUGAGUUAUUAGACACCGGAGCUGGAUAUGACGUGGUAAUACAAGUCGGCGAGGAAUCCCAUGUUAAAGAAUUCCGUGUGCAUUCAGCAAUAUUAGCAGCUCGGUGUCCAUACUUUCAGACCGCUUUAUCGAGUAGAUGGAUGCGUAAGUCUGGUGACGUUUUUGUUUUUCGGAAGCCAAACAUCUCGCCUAGUACUUUUAAGGAAAUACUCAAAUAUUUAUACACGGGAGCCAUAGACUUAAGUCAAAAGGAUGGCACCGAAAUUAUUAAAAUUCUCGUGGCUGCUGACGAAUUAGACCUUCAGAAGAUAGUAAAAGUAGUAAAGAGAUACUUGAUCGAUAAUCAAUCCGAAUUCCUGACGUCAAGUCCUAUAAGAUUCUUCCAAACAGUAUUCCUGUACGAUGCAUGCGCUUCAUUAAGAGAUUAUUGUCUUCAGGCGAUCUGUGAAAACCCUAAAAUCAUUUUUGGCUCAUCAGAUUACCUAUUGGUUGACAAGUCGCUUCUAUUGCUUGUUUUACAACGAGAAGAUCUUGAAAUGGAAGAGAUAGAUAUUUGGUGGUGCAUCCUUAAAUGGUCAAUCGCGCAGAACUCGAUGAACUUGACAUUGAAUGAGAACAACAUGUCAAAGAAUCUGUUGCAACUUACAGAUCAAGAUUUCGCAGAUUUAAGAGAGAUAUUAAAAGACAUGAUUCCAUACAUAAGAUGGGCUCACAUCUCCUCCAGCGAUUUUUUACACAGGGUCCGACCAUUUAAAAAACUAUUGCCCGAGACUUUAUACGAAGAGAUCAUGGGUUUCUAUUUGGAUUCAGGGAAUAAACCGAGUAAUAUUUUAGUUGCUCCGAGGAAAGGACGAUACUUUGAUUCAGUACUUCUCGAACAAGAUCAUGUCGGAAUACUAGCUAGUUGGAUAGAUGACGAGGUUAUGUACUACGAUAAGAACAACAAUCCGUAUAGUUUUAAAUUAUUGCUAAGAGCGAGUAGAGAUGGAUUUGAUCCAAACACGUUUCAUCAAUUAUGUGAUCACAAGGGUGCCACGAUUAUGGUGGCCAAACUUGUCGCUUCAGGUCAAUUGGUUGGUGGAUAUAAUCCUCUGUACUGGUCGUCCCAUGUUAGUAGUGAGGAAGUUGGAGCUUCUAACUUUGACACCGCGAAUAGUAAUAGCGGAAAUUGGUGGGAAACGAAUGAUAGUUUCUUAUUUUCAUUCCACAACAAAGAUUACAAGAUAGCUAGAGUGCAGAAUCCUAGGCAUGCAAUCUAUUACAAUCGCAAGUACGGACCUGGAUGGGGAUACACCGGUGAUCUGAUCAUAAAAGAUUCAGGAUCCAUAUACAAUAGUCAAAAAUUGAUGACAUACCCAGACGCAGUCAAAUUCUUUCCUCAUCCCACGUCCACCGAAUACGACAUUGAAGAUUACGAAGUAUUUCAGAUUAAUAGGAAGCCGGGCUAUAGCAGAAAGAAAAAUCCUGCAAGUUAUCUUUCGAAAGGAUUAAUAAGAUGGGCGAGGAGGCAAGAUUGGAUUAAUAUUUUCUGGAUGGUAUUGCAGGUGAUAGCAAUGAUAGCAGUGAUGGUGGCAAUCGUGAUGAUAUUUUUUGUUACAAUCAAACAUUAUAAUGUGCAUUUGAAGGUGAUGAAAUUUGGUCAAUGGUUGUUGGCUAAUAGUUACAGAUCUUUGAAUAAAUAUUCCUCGAGGAUUACCGCCUCUUUUAAUAGAUAUCGUAACAGAGAUGGACUUUAA